UGCUUUUUUUGCCUUUAGCUCACUGUGCUUUUCUUUCUUGUCUUUUUAUUCAGCUGGAAUGCUUACAAACUGCUAAGGCUGAGAUCCUGAGGAACCCAGCUGGAGAAUGCCGUCUGAACGCUGCCUGAGUAUUCAAGAAAUGCUGACAGGCCAGAGGCUCUGCCACUCGGAAUCUCACAAUGAUAGCGUCUUGGCAGCGCUGAAUCAACAGAGAAGUGACGGCAUCCUCUGUGACGUCACCCUGAUUGCUGAGGAACAGAAAUUCCAUGCUCACAAGGCAGUCCUAGCAGCAUGCAGUGACUAUUUCCGGGCGAUGUUCAGUCUCUGUAUGGUGGAAAGUGGAGCUGACGAGGUCAGUUUACAUGGUGUGACCAGCCUUGGCUUAAAGCAGGCCCUGGAGUUUGCAUACACAGGACAGAUUUUGUUGGAGCCAGGUGUGAUCCAGGAUGUAUUAGCAGCUGGCAGUCACCUACAGCUGUUGGAGCUUCUCAAUUUAUGUUCCCACUAUCUCAUCCAGGAAUUAAAUAGCUUUAAUUACUUGGAUCUGUACAGACUUGCUGACCUCUUUAACCUCACUUUGCUGGAGAAGGCAGUGAUCGAUUUCUUAGUGAAACAUCUCUCUGAGCUCCUGAAGAGUCGCCCAGAAGACGUUCUAACGCUUCCUUAUUGUCUGCUCCAGGAGGUUCUGAAGAGUGACCGCCUGACCUCCCUGAGUGAAGAGCAGAUCUGGCAGCUAGCUGUGAGGUGGUUGGAACACAACUGCCAUUACCAGUACAUGGAUGAGCUCCUGCAGUAUAUACGCUUUGGCCUGAUGGAUGUGGAUACUCUCCAUACAGUUGCCCUGUCCCACCCCCUCGUCCAGGCAAGUGAAACUGCAACAGCUCUUGUCAAUGAGGCCCUGGAGUACCACCAGAGCAUCUAUGCACAGCCCGUUUGGCAAACUCGCAGGACCAAACCGCGAUUCCAGUCAGACACUCUAUAUAUCAUUGGUGGGAAAAAGCGUGAGGUCUGUAAAGUCAAGGAACUUCGGUACUUCAAUCCUGUUGACCAGGAGAAUGCUCUCAUAGCUGCCAUUGCCAACUGGAGUGAGCUGGCUCCCAUGCCCGUGGGAAGGAGCCACCACUGUGUAGCAGUCAUGGGGGACUUUCUGUUUGUGGCAGGAGGAGAAGUUGAGCAUGCUAGUGGCCGGACAUGUGCUGUGAGGACUGCCUGUCGCUAUGACCCCCGCAGUAAUUCCUGGGCGGAGAUAGCACCCAUGAAAAACUGCCGGGAGCAUUUUGUGCUGGGUGCCAUGGAUGAAUACCUCUAUGCAGUUGGGGGUAGAAAUGAACUGCGCCAGGUUCUGCCUACAGUUGAGCGAUAUUGCCCCAAGAAGAACAAAUGGACUUUUGUGCAGUCCUUUGACCGAUCCCUUUCAUGUCAUGCUGGAUAUGUGGCUGAUGGUCUUCUUUGGAUAUCAGGUGGAGUAACUAACACAGCACAAUAUCAGAACAGACUAAUGGUAUAUGAACCUAACCAGAAUAAAUGGAUAAGCCGCAGCCCUAUGCUGCAGAGAAGGGUCUACCAUUCCAUGGCUGCUGUUCAAAGAAAACUUUAUGUUCUUGGAGGCAAUGACCUGGACUACAAUAAUGACCGGAUCCUUGUGCGGCAUAUAGAUUCUUACAACAUAGACACCGACCAGUGGACGCGUUGUAAUUUCAACCUGUUGACUGGCCAAAAUGAAUCUGGAGUUGCUGUCCAUAAUGAGAGAAUAUAUUUAGUUGGUGGAUAUUCGAUUUGGACAAAUGAGCCUCUGGCUUGUAUCCAGGUGGUGGAUGUAAGUAGAGAAGGCAAAGAAGAAGUAUUUUAUGGGCCUACACUUCCUUUUGCUUCUAAUGGAAUAGCGGCAUGCUUCCUUCCAGCUCCAUAUUUCACAUGCCCUAACCUUCAGACUCUUCAAGUGCCUCAUCACAGGAUUGGGACCAUCUGAAAACCAAUGCUUUGUUAAUAACUAUCAUUAACAGAAGGGAAAGAAAAGCUUCACUUCUGAAUACUGGGCAUGAAAAGACUCAGUGCUCAAUGCUUCCUUGUUUUGUUUUAUAUGUCUUAUUUUCAGAUAAACAUUAGCAAAAAAUGAACAGUUUUCUAACAUACAUUACUGAAACCUCCUGUCACCCUUCUCUCUGUGUGUCAAUAUGCAAUAUGUCUGACUUUUACUGUGGUGUAGCUCAGUGACAACUUAAUGGUCAAUUACUGUUCCAUGGGUCUUUAGAGCCUUUGUUGUAGACUUUCUAUAAUCAGCACUCUCUAGGAAAACAGGAAAAUGUUAGUAAGGCAAUUUAUUUCACAAGUACUGCCAUCAAUGAUCUUCAAAAAAAAAAAAAUCUUCCGUAGUUAAUCCCCUUACUACUUAAAACUGGGUUUGUAAUUUUUCUUUUAAAAAUUUAACAUUAUGCAGCCCCACUAGUAUAGACUCAGUAUUAUGACAUUAUAAAAUUUUAAAUGCCAUGUUUUAUUCACAGUAACACGAAUGAUAGAAGUACACUGGAACAGCAGUUGAACGCCCAGAUUGUUCAGCUUGGUUACUGUGACCUUGGGCUAGGUGCUUAACUUUCAGUGCUAGUUUUCCCAUUCUUUAAGGAGGAUAAUUAUUGAUUUCCGUAUCAAUUCAGAAGAAUGUUGUGAGGAUUAGGCAAAUGCUCUGAAGUACUUCAUUUAAGAAAAAAAAAAGUUACUCAAAUUACAAGGUAUUUUACUGUCUUUAGAAUUCUGUAACUGAACGGGGAGAUUAUUUUUGAAAUUAUUUAAAAAUUACUAAAUAGAACUUGGAACACAUGCUGUGGGAGAAAUGAUUCUGAAAAGCAUGUGAAGUGAUGCUAAUUAGGAAAAGGGGAGUCUACCAAGCCAAAGAUUCCUAAGUCUAUACAAAUUCUUGCUUCACAUCAUAAUUCAAACACUUGUUUAAACUCAUUUAGUGAAAAAUGACAUUUCAAAGCUCAACAAAAAAAAAUUAGCUGUACUAAUUUGGGCACCAUAAAGUGCUCUGACAUAACUGUGAACCUAGACUUAGUAGUUCUAAUAAAAGUUUUUGCACUUUGUUAAAGGUUAUGUCAAUCUUGAGCACUUGUGGGACUCUUCCUCCACCACCAAUACAUAUUUUAUUACUACCACUUUUAAUAAUGCAUAAGAAUUCUUAUUUAGGCUAGGUUUUUGGAUUUGCUUUGUCUAUAACAAUAUAUACAUAUAUAUGUAUAUAUACACAUAUAUAUAUGUAAUAAAAAUCACACUGGAACAUAAAUUCAAGAAGUGUAACAUGAGUUUUUCCCUUUUCCUAAUCUUGUUAGGAUCUAAGUCACUUUACUAAAAGGAAGACUUUAUUUGGACUUUUUUCCUUUGGCAUAAAUUGUUUAGCAAUCCUUACCUUACAGGAAGUUGUCAUUUUAUUCAUGUAACCACUUUUGGUAUUCAGAAAUAAAAACAAACUUUUUAAAAUCCUAAAUACAAAAUUCACUAACUUUUCACACUGUUAUACCUAAAAAUUUUAAUUUUUAAGUAAUAAUCUGGUUAUUCAGAUUAAAGAGCAGAGAAGGAAAGACUAGGCAUAAGGGGAAAAAGUAAAAUAAAAACCUCCCAGAGAUUUAGACAAAAAACCUUCAGAGUAAUUUUACAGUUCUGAAAAGUGAAAAUUGAUACUGAUAUGAUAUUUAGAAGAAUUACAGAGUCUCUUUAGAAGAGUUUAUAAAUCAUGUAAACUAAAUAUUUUAAAUGCCUUACCAAGUCAGGAAAAUGACUCUGGCAUUUCAGAUAUCUUUUCAAAAAGAACCUAAGCAAGAAGUGUUUCGGAUUUAUUAAAAUUUCUACUUGAUACAUGAAUUGACCUCCAGCUGUUUUACCUUAUAAAACCAUUACAUCUGUAAUCCCGCAUCCUAUAUCCAAUGAAUGAAAGGAAAAUGGUCUAAAAAUAAGCUUGCCUGACUAAUAAUGAAAAGGUACCCUGAGAUUACUCUUGAUAUUUUCUGUAUAGAUUUCUAACUAUUCAUUUAAAACAAAUCAGUAUAUUAGCAAACACUUUCUUGGGAAACUUUAAUGUAUUAUCCACUAAUAUUACAGAAUCGAACUCAGAAUUAGAAAAUAUUCUUUACAGUAUAGCCAAAGAUAGCCUCUGAAGUACAACAUUCCUAGGAAAAAUAAAACGCAGAAUGCUUAUGAUUAGAUCAUUUUCCUCAAAGAUUCCAGAAAACUGUGCUCAUAAAACCAAAUAUUCAAAUAUAUAUUUUCUAUUUAAGUGAACUGUAGUAAUUCAUCUUUCAUUUUUACUCUUUAAAAUUAUAGACCAUAUUGUAUUUGUAGUUAAAUUAUUAGGUUAAUUUGAAUUUCCAUAAGAAAAGCAUGAAAAUUCCAACCACUUAAACACCAUUUUCAGAUUUUACUAUCUAAAAGAAAACACAGUACUGCAUAGGUAUUAGCACAGUGUUCCUUUGUGUAGGAAGAAAAGCCAGCAAAGACAUUAAUCUGUAAAACAAUGUAAAGUGCAAUGAAGUUCCUUAGAUUCUUAAUAACAAAAUACCAAUUUGGUUAUGAUUAGGAUAUUUUUCUCGUUACGUUACGAUUAAGAUAUUUUUCUUCCUUUUUCUUCAUGUUUUCUUCAAAGUUUAACCCCAUG